GAUGAUUACGUGUAUUGCGGUCAGAAGUUUUUAUAGUUUUCUUUGAUCUGUUCUACUCCACUUGUUGUUUGUUUUCUCUUUAAUUUAUAUGCUCACUUAUUUUAAUUGUUUAUGUUAGGGUUCUUGACAUUGCUCAGUUUUCAAGCAUGAUAAUGAUUUGAACUCAGGAUCGAUGCUAUCGAAGGAGAUCGAUCUGUGAAAUAGGAGUAUCCAUCACCUUUAGCGUCGAUCUCGUGAUGGAGGAGGAGAAUGGAGAAGAGGAAAAUUUCAAAAAGAAAGAAGAGAAUGUUACUUAUUCUGAGUCAAUCAGUUGUAACAAACCUAGUGAAUUACAGCCACGUAUUUAUAAGAAACUGAGUGAAGUACGGUGUAAUAAACCGAUUGAACUCAAAUAUCGGUUACACCAAGAUUUAUUAUUUAUAGAUAAAUCAAUUACAAUUCCAAGUGAAAGUAAUUGUAAUCACAAAUGAUAAACAUAAUUACAAUCCAUUUACCAUGAACAAUCCUUUGGAUCCUGAAGAAUUCAGGAGGCAAGGCCAUAUGAUUGUUGACUUUCUUGCCGACUAUUAUCACAACAUUAGCAAUUAUCGGGUUUUAAGUCAAGUUGAACCUGGUUAUCUUAAAAAAAAACUUCCAUCUCAAGCUCCUUUUGACCCUGAACCUAUAGAAACCAUUCUUCAAGACAUAGAAGAACACAUAAUUCCAGGAAUCACACACUGGCAAAGUCCUAACUUCUUUGCAUUUUUUCCAUCGAGUGGCAGCAUUGCUGGUUUUAUGGGCGAGAUGCUCAGCACCGGAUUCAACGUUAUUGGAUUCAACUGGCUCUCAUCUCCGGCAGCAACCGAACUCGAGAGCACUGUCAUGGACUGGCUCGGCCAAGAGCUCAACCUACCUAAAGAAUUUCUUUUUACAGGUCACGGCGGCGGCGUCAUGCUAGGCACAACUUGCGAGGGAGUAUUAGCAACACUAGUAGCCGCCAGAGACAGAAUGCUUAGACAGAUAGGAAAAGACAAAAUCAGAAAGCUCGUAGUGUAUGGCUCAGAUCAAACUCAUUGCGCAAUUCAAAAAGCCGCUAAUAUUGCAGGGUUUGAUCCAAACAACUUCAGAGCGGUUAAAACUUCAAGAUCAAGUUCGUUUGCGUUGUUACCACAAUCGCUGUUGAAAGCCGUUGAGAAGGAUCUCCGUGACGGAUUAGUUCCAUGCUACCUGUGUGUAACGGUCGGAACGACUUCCACAAUGGCCAUCGAUCCAGUUGGAGUGCUAUGCCGCGUGGCAAAAGAUUACGGGAUGUGGAUCCACGUGGAUGCCGCGUAUGCAGGUAGCGCGUGCAUUUGUACAGAGUUCAGAUACAUGAUCAAUGGCGUUGAAUAUGCAGAUUCUUUUAGCUUCAACGCACACAAAUGGUUUCUAACAAAUUUGGAUUGUUGUUGCCUUUGGGUUAAAGAUCCAAAUUCUUUGAUAAAAUCGCUCUCAACAAAUCCUUCUUAUCUACAUAACAACACUUCCAAUUCUAAGCAAGUGGUAGAUUAUAAAGACUGGCAAAUUACGCUUAGCAGAAGGUUCCGUGCGCUCAAAGUGUGGCUUGUUCUUCGAAGUUACGGCCUUUCGAAUCUCAGGAAUUUCUUAAGGAGCCAUGUUGAGAUGGCAAAGAUCUUUGAAGAGCUGGUUAAGUUGGAUAAGAGAUUUGAGAUCGUGGUUCCUAGAAACCUCGCUAUGGUUUGCUUCAGAGUUAUACCUUCAGUUGCGAAGAUGGCUAAUGAUGAAGUAAACCAAAUCAACAGAAAAUUAUUGGAUUCCAUCAAUGAUUCUGGAAGAGUAUAUAUGAGUCAUGCUGUGGUAGAAGAAAUUUUUGUGAUUCGGUGUGCUGUUGGCGCAACUCUGACGGAUGAAAAACACGUGAUGAUGGCUUGGAAGGUGGUGCAAGAACAUGCAGAUGCAAUUUUAAACUGUGCCACCAACAAUGAUGAAAAAGUUGAAACCAAUAGCAGUUUGGAAGAGGCACCAAUGAUUACGGAGCCUUCAGAGUCCUCCUCAAUGGGUCAACCAGAUUAUUAUUCUCCAAAACCAGAAAAAUCUGAAAUAUUAGCUAUAAAUAAGGGCUGUACUAUUGACAUUGGAUUACCUGUAACUGCUCGAGUUACAUACUCUAUGGAAUCAUGGUGA